GAUCUGACAACUUUUUUGGAAUUUUACAAUGAAUACCAUCCUAGCUUCUUCGUUGCCAACCAAAAAGUUCAUUGAUCCAGACUCUUGUUCUGUGCCAUUUCAUGACAUCGCUCAGCAAAACAUUAAUUCACUUCUAAAAAAUGAAAGCACAUGGAUAUUGAAACAAAGCGUGGGCCAAAUAGGAUGGAGAACAAAAAAACAUUAUUUUAAGGUCAAUCAGAAAGUUCAAAGUGGUCAAAAACAAAUCGCACAAGCGAAAUUAGAAUCGCAACCUAGUACAUCAAGCUACAAGGAAAAUUCGGAACAAGAAUUUCUUAUAAGCUGGACUGAGUUUGGUCCUGAUAAACAAUUAAGCGAUAAAGAAAUUAACACAAUUCUUAAAAGCCUAUCAAAGAUAAAGCAUCCUUUUAUAUUUCCAAUUGAAUAUAUUAAUUCAAAUGAAAACGGGUGUUUAACAAUAAGAAAAUUCCAUAAAGAAGGAAGCUUGAAAGAUAUGUUGUGUGGAUCGCAACCCUUAAAUGCUUUUUCGAUGAAAUAUGGAAACACUAAAGGCAGAAUUGCCUUACCACUUGAAGAUCUAUCUUUAUAUAGUAGACAAAUAUUAGAAGCUUUAAAAUUCCUGCAUUCAAAAGGCUUACCUUAUGGACAUUUAACGACUGCUAAUAUUUUUAUUGAAAAUGGUGCCGCGAAACUGAGUGCAAUUGAAAAUUUUAUUCUUGGCGUUUCGUCAUUCUACAGACCAUUCUUCGUCCAACACAGUAGAGUUAAUUCUAUGGAAAUGAUUGAUGUGUUUACAUUUGGACAUGUGCUUUUCGAGAUGCAAUCAACUUAUUCAUUACAAGAGCCAUGCAUCAGAGAAGUUUCAGAUUGUCCAACAAAUUUAAAAGCUUUAUUGGAACUUAUCAUUGCUAAGGAUUCUUUGAAGUCAACGUCUCCGUCAUUAGAUCACGUUCUUUCACAUAAGUUUUUUAAAGAAUUCGAACCAAAAUUUGAACAACUUUACUCAGGAUCACUAAAGUCUUCUAAAGUUGAUUUCGAUUUACCUGCCAAGGAGUCAAUUUUGAAAGCUUCCCAAAAAACUGAACAGAGAUUGAAGGAUGAGCAGAAACUGGUAAAAAGCCAAAAGCGAGUAACUCAAAGUCAAAAAAUGAUGAUAACAGAAGAAGAAAAAAGAAAACAAUCGAAACAGAAGCUCAAAACUCAAAACUCUUUGCAAAAUGGCCCAAUUAACUUCAGGAUAAAUCUGUCAGAAACAUCUCGUUCUGAAAGCAAAAGUGAAGAUUCGCAACACACAGGGAGUGAGAUAGUUUAACUGUCCAUUGAAGAGGCUGAGAUAUAUCAAUUAAAUAUAUACAGUUUUAUUCUUCAUAAAUAUGUAUAUAAUCAAAUGACAUAAAUUGUUAACAUUAUUUGUAAAUCGAUUAUAUACAUAAUCAUACAAUUUACAAUAUUUUUGGUGGAAAAUCUUAAGCUGUUUGAUGUUUCUUUGUAAUAAAAUAUAUUUC